AUGGCCGACAGCGCGUUCCCCCAGCCCAUCUCCUUCACCAAAACAUGGCACUCGGAGCCCUACCCCUUCAUCUCCGACCGACCUGAGCUGUCUGCAUCUGGCAAGAACAUCGUCGUCACAGGCGGCGCGACAGGAAUCGGAAACGCCAUCGCCGUCGCAUUUGCCAAAGCAGGCGCCAAGUCCGUCUCCAUUCUCGGACGACAAGCAGACAAACUGCGUCUCGGUGCAGAAAAAAUUUCCAAUGCCGUCCCAGUGGACGGAAAUACCCAGGCCCUACACGAGACUGCUGACAUUCUCGACCCUGUUCAGCUCACCGCUGCCCUGCAAUCCAUCGUCGGAAAAGUGGGCAAGAUCGAUGUAUUUGUUGCGAACGCAGGGACCGUGGCACAGCCGGUACCCCUGGUGGAUCAGAGCGUCGAUCAGUUUGUAGUCGACGUCGGUGACGCUGUUCGAGGCACCUUGAACUCCUUCCAGUGCUUUUUGUCCGUGGCUGGACCUAGUCCGGUGCUUUUGCAUACUUCGUCCUGCUUGGCGAAUAUCGCACCAACUCCGGGACUCAGCAGCUAUGCAGUCGGCAAGGCGGCUUCACUGAAGAUGUUGGAUUAUCUUGCUGCCGAGAACCCCCACGUGCAUAUUGUUAACGUGCAGCCGGGCUGGGUGGCUACUACUCUCAACGGUUAUCAAAAGGAGGCCCCGGACUCGGCCGAUCUGCCCGGCCAGUUCUACGUAUGGCUUGCUUCCCCGGAAGCCAAGUUCCUCAAAGGCAAAUUCGUCUGGGCCAACUGGGAUGCGCAGGAAUUGUUGCAGCGGGCGGAUGAGAUCCAGAACUCGAAGCUGUUGAACUGGAUCGUAGAUGGUGUUCCUAUGUGA